GCACCUGCUUCUAAUCACGCUGCUCUGUGGAGGUCCUGCUGUGCUGGCUGGCAAGAUUUCCACUCAGGAUGAAUGUGCCAAAGGUCCUACAUAUUGGUGCAAGAACCUAGUGACGGCCAUCCAGUGUGGUGCCUGGGAACACUGCAUGAAGGCUGGAUGGAACAGUUUCACCCAAGAAGACACAUGUGCAGACUGCAAAGAGAUUGUUACCAUCCUUGUUCGCAUGGCCAAGGAGUCAACCUUUAAGAAGGCCAUCCAGAACUACUUGAGACACGAAUGCUCGGCUUUCGCACUUCAGACCUUAAUCCCAAAAUGCCAGGAGCUUGUGGAUACCUACUAUUCCCUAUUCAUCACCGCCUUAGAAGGACAGAUUCAACCCAAUGCUGUAUGUGCAAAGUUUGGCCUCUGCCAGUCUGACCCAUUGGAGAGCAAGGACAUCUUUGGUAUGCUGGUUCAAAAGAUGGCAGAACAGAUCCAGCUACUGCAAGGCAAAGCUUUUAUUAUGCCCAACAACAAGACCCAGGAUAAUCCCAAGGAGGAGCUGCUCUUCCCUUGGCCCUGGCGUUAUGUUUUGCCUCACUGUUGGCUGUGCAAGAACCUUGUAGGCCGGAUUGAAUCCAGCCUUCCCAAGGAUACUAUUGGCAAAUCCAUAGCCCAGCUCUGUCGCUUUGCACCAGGAGCCGCUGCUGGGAUGUGCCAGUGCUUGAUGGAGAGAUACACUGUGAUCAUUGUGGACAUGAUUCUGGGCAAGAUGGGGCCAAACCUGAUCUGCGGGAUGAUGCUCAUGUGUGCCACAGAUGAAAACUGUGGCCCAGAGACCCCUCCACUGUCACUCUCUGGCCCAGCUGACAGCUGCCAGGCCUGCCUGGCUCUCAAGACCCAGGUGAAGGCAACCCUCAAGCCCAACAGCAGCAGGACUGAAACGGAAGCAGCUCUGUUGGCAGCCUGCAGCAACACCUUUCGGAGCUGGGAAGAGUGCAAAAGCUUCAUUGAUCAGCAUGAGCCAAAGUUGUUCCUACUGCUUAACAAGCCUUGGAGCGCCCAGAGGACAUGCCAGGAACUAGGAGCCUGCAUGGCUGAGAAGCCCUUUCCAGGAACUACUGCCUGUGCCCAGGGUCCCACUUAUUGGUGCUCCAGCUUGAGCACUGCUGAGGAAUGCAAGGCUGUGCAGCACUGCCAGGAACAUGUGUGGCUGUAGCCAAAGAAUGGGGAGACAGCAGCAUACAGCGAAUAGGGGAGGGUUACACAGCCCUGCCCCACGAACCCCUUGCUUGGAUUCUUCCUGAUGACUGAUCAUUGUGUCAGGGGUUGAGGAAAACCAUGAGGCUCUCAUACUCUCAACUAUUAAAGUUAUGCCUCUUACCACAA